AUGGAGCCCGAGCCAGAGCGGGCUGGACCCCUCCUGCUGGAGCCGGGGCCCAAGAGCCGCAGGGAUCUCUGCUGGCAUCUGCUUCGCGGCACCUGCUUUCUCCUGCUGGGGGCGCUGUUGGGCACAGUGCUAUACGGGUACUUCCAGAGAAAGGCGGAAGAUGCAGCUGGAGGGGGGGUCAGAGGCUCUGAAGACGCCGCCAUUUCCUGGACCUCCUUGGGGCAACGCGCCGGCCGGACCCACUCGCCCGCAGCCCAUCUUAUAGGCGACCCCGGCACCUCCGGCGAGCGGCUCCGCUGGCGAAGCGACGUCGACGCCUCCUUCACCCGGGGGGGCUUCCGCCUGGCCAACGACUCGCUGGUGGUGCCGGCCUCGGGGAUGUAUUUCAUCUACUUCCAGGCGUCCUUCCUGGGGGCCGCCUGCCCCGCCGGGGACGAGCCCCUGAUCCUGGCCCACCGUGUGUUGCUCUUCUCCGACACCUACCCCCAAGACGUCCCCAUCUUGAGCGCCCACAAAAUGGCCUGCCCCGGGCGGGCACCCUGGUACCGUUCCCUCCGCCAGGGGGCAGCCUUUGCCCUGCAGACGGGGGACCGGCUGUCCACGCAGACGGAGGGGGAGGCACAUCUGCUGGCGGGCCAGGGCACUUUGUCGUUCGGAGCGUUUGCCCUCUGA